AUGGAAUCCCCACAAUCUGUUGUGUCACCAUUCAAGAGCUCUGUCUUAGGUGAAGCUGGGAAGUAUAAGUCUGAUAUUUGCACGCAAAGCUCGGGUCCUUUGUCUAAGGACAUUGAAGUCAAUGGAAAGGAAGCUGUCAUGUCCAAUUCAGAGGACUUCAUUGGUGUUGUUGAUGUUUACAUUCAUCAGGCCAGGGACAUUCAUAACAUCUGCAUAUACCACAAGCAAGAUGUUUAUGCUAAAAUUAGCUUGACUAGUAAUCCUGAGAAUACCGUCUCUACCAAAACUAUCAAUGGAGGAGGAAGGAACCCUGUCUUUAAUGAGAAUCUUCGUAUAAGCGUUAGGACUGUUGAUUCUGCUGUCAAAUGUGAAAUUUGGAUGCUGAGCAGGGUCAAGAAUUAUCUUGAAGAUCAGUUGCUUGGUUUUGCUUUGGUGCCUUUGUCAGAAGUACUGGUGAAGGAUGGCAAGCUAGAGAAAGAGUUCUCCCUUUCCUCAACUGAUCUAUUCCAUUCACCAGCCGGUUUUGUGCAAUUGUCUCUCUCAUACAACGGCGCUUCACCUGAUGUUAUUGCAAUUUCUGCAAUGCCUACUGAGUUGGCUGCAAAUGGCACCGAGUCAUGCGAAACACUGGUCAGAGAUUUAGACAAAAUUGAAUUCCCGGAUCCAAAAAUCGUAAAUGAAGACCACCUGAUGGUUUCAGAAUACUUUGGCAUUCCAUGUGAGGAGAGCCAGUGUUCUGGUAGCUUGACCACUACUGAUGCUGAAAAUCUGAGUUCUGAAGCAGGCGUUCAGCUUGUGGAGAGCUUUUCAGCAUGCAGCGUUGGGUCUGCCCAACCUCCUAAGGUUGAUUCCCCACCUACCAGUGUAUCCACAAAUGGAGUUUCAUCUCCUUCAGUGGUUGCAAGCACAGAUUCAUCUGAUGUUGCUGCUUCCAAGUCUCCGAAUCAGGAACAAGUUUCGGUCACCAAAGAGAAAAAUGGGGAUGUCAAAGAUGGUGAGACCGAUUCCUCAAAUGGGGUGCUGAAUGAAUCAUUCCCUAAGCCUGUUGUGACCGUGAACAUCGAGCCUGAGUCAAAUGUGGUGCAGCAGGACAUAGUAGACAUGUACAUGAAAAGCAUGCAGCAAUUCACAGAGUCGUUGGCAAAAAUGAAGCUUCCUAUGGACUUUGAAAGUGGACCAACUAGUUCAGGAAACUCAAGCUCUGAACAGAAGUUACAGACACCAAAGAGCGCUAACUCCCGUGUGUUUUAUGGCAGCAGGGCUUUCUUCUGA